AAGUACAAAGGCGUUAAGAUUUGUCUGUUUGCGCUGUGAAACAGAAUUUAAUUGCCUUAGAAGUUGAGAAAUGACUUACUUUCUCUCUCGCUCCCUCUCUCUCUUCAGGUUGUUUGAUAACUCUAAUGAAGGUUUUAGGAACUGGGAGUUCAUGACUGUUCACUGCUGGGGGGAGAGGGCAGAGGGCCAGUGGAUCCUGGAGAUCAUAGACUCUCCCUCAUCUCUACGCAACCCAGAGGUGCUGGGUAAACUGAAAGAGUGGACGCUGGUCCUUUAUGGCACCUCGGGGCACCCGUACCAGUCUCACGGGAGCCAGCACUCUCGCUCCAGGAUGCUUGAGAUCCCAACCCCCAGCCGGGACCCCAACGGGCCCGAACCACCCCCGGAGGUCCUCAAGCACCAGGAGGAGGAAGAGGAGGAGUACAGCGGGCCCUGCCACAGUGAGUGUGGGGACCAGGGCUGUGACGGGCCAGAUCCUGACCACUGUCUGAACUGUAUCCACUACAGCCUGGGCAGCCUCAAGACAGGCAGGACGUGUGUGAGCCACUGUCCGCUGGGCUUCUACGAUAACUUGGAGGCCAGGAGGUGUCGACGCUGUCACAAGGGCUGUGAGAGGUGUGUGGGACGCACCCCCACCGAGUGUCGCUCCUGUCGCAGGGGGCUCUACUUCAACCCCCUCAACACGACCUGCUCUGAGACCUGCCCUGCUGGGUACUUCACUGACGACAUUCAGAGGAAAUGUCUGAGGUGUCAUGAGAACUGUAUGAAGUGUCUGCGGGACUCAGACAGGUGUACUGCCUGUAACGACGGCUACAGUCUGGCGGGGAUGACCUGUGUACCAGAGUGUGCCAACGGAACCUUCUUUCAUCUGGAGGAGAUGAAGUGUAGUCCCUGUCACACCUCCUGCUCUACCUGCACAGGUCCAGGUAAGGAGGAGUGUAUCCAGUGUGCCAGAGAUCACCUGCAGCAAGAGUGGAGGUGUGUUCAGACCUGCGCCCCAGGAUACUACUCAACAGAGGAUGCUGGCUACCACCAGGGGAUGUGUCACAAGUGUGAGGAGAAUUGCCUGAGUUGCGACGGCCCCGGGACGACCUGCGUCAAGUGCAAAGACAGCUACAACCUCGUCAGCAGGACGUGCAUCGCGAACGCCACCUGUAACAAUGCCGACGAGGUGUUUUGUGAGAUGGUAAAGUCCAACCGGCUGUGUGAGAAGAAGCUGUUCCGCCAGUUCUGCUGCAGAACUUGUCUGAUGACCGGUUGAGAAUCCUAGUAGAGAACCUGAAGAGUGGAACCUGGAGAGGAACCCUGCGUGGAACCCACCACUUCCUCAUCCACUGUACAUUUCCAAACUAGCUAAUGUCUGUGUCUGAAUGAAAAGAGUGAAUAUGCCUUCACCAGGGUUGGGGUCAAUUCCAUUUUCCUCAAUGCAUUCCUGAAUCCACUGAAUUGAAAUGGAAUUGACCCCAACCCGGAACACACACUAUUCCUCCCAUCAAUUUUACCCCGCAAAGGGUAGACUUGAUUUUCAUACGAUACAUACAGUAUUUUAAAGUUGUCUUUUUUAUUUAAAAAAACAACAUACAUGUAACAUGUAUAUUUUGUAUUCUAAUGCUGCAUUGUUGUAAAGUACAGUACUUUUUACAAUGACACGUUAGUGGAUAACUCUCUGAUUGAACCACUGUGUUUUGGAAGUGAAGCUGGUUGAUAAACCAACAGCAUCACUCAAAAUGGGGAUGGUAUUUAUAAGGCACCAAGUGGAAAAAGACAAACUGAAACAUGAAGGGACUACUUGAACGUUUCUGUUUUCUGCUGUGUGCCCUACCGAAUACGACACUGAUCAACUUCCUCACAAAACAAAUGUUUAUACUGUAUAAGGCUUUUAUUUUUUUUAUAAAGAAAUAUGUAAAACAAUGAAUUACUGUAAUUGUAUUUACAUUUUAGCAGACACUAUUAUUCAGAAUGACUUACAGUAGUGAGUGCAUACAUUUUCAUGUACUGGUCCCUGUGGGAAUCACACCCACAUCCCUGGCGUUGCAAGCUGCCAUGCUCUACCAACUGAGCUACACGGGACUAUUACUGAAUACUGUACAGUUCCUGUAUACUGUACCAUUUACAGUGCUGUUGUACAUUUUAGAAUGUGUAUUUGAUGUUUUUAUCGUUUGUUUUUAUGUAUGAAAUAAAAUACGUACAUUGUG